AUGGCGCCGCAUCUUGAUACCAACGCGGCCAAUGCCAUUAAGACAGUCGACCCAACCAACCGGAGCCAAAUUAAGGACGGCAUUUCGACCACGUCCGUCGCGGCCGAGACCGAUACCAAGCCGGAGCCCCCACAGCAACCUGAAUUCGCGGGAUGGUUCCACUGGCACGAGCCCGGCACAUCGCCGGAGGAGAAGAAGUUGAUUUUCAAGUUGGAUUGGUUUCUACUUUCAUUCUCGUGUCUCAUGUUCUUCAUCAAACAGCUUGACCAAAACAACAUCUCCAAUGCCUACGUAUCCGGCAUGUCGGAAGAGCUCAACUUCGGUCCCGGCAACGAACUCUCCUGGAUGAACACGUACUUCAACAUUGGAACCAUCAUUGGCGGUUCUUUUGCCAACCUGAUCAUCACUGUCGUCCGACCGCGCUUCUGGCUGACCGGGUGCCUCUGCACUUGGUCUCUCUUCGUGCUUUUCCUGUUCAAGUGCCAGACCGCCACGCAGUUCUAUGUCCUGCGUUUCUUCAUCGGCUUGUUUGAGUCUGCCGCAUGGCCUGGCGUCAUGUACGUCCUCGGAUCAUGGUAUCGCAAAAGCGAAUUGUCCCGCCGCUCUGGCCUUUUCGUCAUGAGCGGUGUCUUGGGGCAGAUGUUUUCCGGCUAUCUUCAGUCUGCCUUGUAUUCGGGUAUGGGCGGAAAGGGUGGUCUGUCAGCGUGGCGAUGGCUUUUUGUCUUUGAUUUCAUUCUUGCCAUUCCCGUGGUGAUCUAUGGCGUCAUUUGCUUCCCCGAUACCCCUCACACGACAAAGGCUUUCUACCUCAGUGACUGGGAAAAGCAACGUGCUCGCGAGCGGAUUGAAGAAGAAGGCCGCAAACCUGUCGGCAAGAUGAACUGGUCCGUUAUAGCCCGCGUCUUCGGCUCAUGGCAAGUCUACGCCUUCACAGCAGCCUACUCCUUCUGGACUCUGACCUGCGGCUCCUACAUCAUUCAAUACUUCACUCUGUACCUCAAGUCAACAAAAUUGUACACCGUGCCAGAAAUCAACAACAUCCCAACCUGCGUUGGUGCCAUCAACUUCGUGUUCAUGGUCUCCACAGGCUACGUCUCUGACAAAAUUGGCCGGCGCGGACCCGUCUGUUUCGCCGUCGGGUGUCUUCUGACGUUCGUCUACGCCGUCCUCGCGGCAUGGAGCGUGCCACAUAUGCUACGCAUGGCCGUCUUCAUCCUUGCAGGGUGCUAUGGUUGCUACACGCCUUUGCUGGCGGGAUGGGCGAAUGAGGCCUGCGGUGGCGAUCAGCAGAAGCGCGCCUUUGUGCUUGGCUUCAUGGUCUCCGUCGGCCAGGCUGUUAUGAUUCCCUUCCAGCAACUGCAGAUGCCGAGCGGACAGGCCCCUGCAUUUGCCAAGACACAUGGGUGGAAGAGCGCGCUUGCAUUUGUGGUGGCGUUGACUGUCUGGACUGGUGUUGGUCUGCCGUUACUUCAGAGAUGGAGAGAGUCUCGUGUGAAGUUCAGUUCCCAUGAAAGUGACAGUGAUGAGGCUUAA